UCACAUCUAUGUGGAUAAAUGAUUUCGAUCAAAGCCGUUGAAUGAAAGUCAAAGCCUUAUCGAGGUCCGAAAGAGAAUGGGAUCCUUUCCUAAGUGGCGGUGCAGGUUCAGGAGUCUCAAGAAAUAUUCACAAUCCUGACCCUGUUUUGCAUCCUUUUGAACGUGCUCGAGAAUACAAACGAGCUAUCAACGCUGUCAAGUUGGACAGAAUUUUUGCCAAGCCUUUUUUGUAUGCUUUGGAAGGACACGUUGAGGGUAUUUAUGCAGUUGCAAAAAGUCGUUCCAACACUGCUUUAGUUGCUUCUGGUAGUGCAGAUGGUCAAGUUUCCCUAUGGCAUUUAGGAAGGAGAGGGGAGGUUUGGAGUACCAGUGCACACCAAGGGUUUGUGAGAGGAAUCAGUUUUUUAUCUUCAGAUAGUGACGGAUUAUUAACUUGCGGAGAUGAUAAAACUAUCAAGUAUUGGAAAGCAGAACAAUCUGUUGGUGAUACAUUGGAACCUGUUCGUAGUUAUUCCAGUUGCGGUAUGGUUACUUGUGUUGAUAGUCAUUGGAAGGAACCUGUAUUUGCCUCUUGUGGAGAAGGAGUAGAUAUAUGGAAUUUGAAACGUUCAAAUCCUUAUGUUCAUUUGAGUUGGGAUACUGAAACCGUUUAUCAUAUUCGUUUUCAUUCAGUAGAAACCAAUUGGCUACUUGGGUGUGGUUCUGAUCGAGGUUUAACUCUUUUUGACAUUCGUUCCGAGAUACCUGUCCGUAAGUUGGUAUUGAAGAUGCAGAGUAAUAGUGUAGCUUGGAAUCCUAUAGAGCCUUAUCUUUUUACAGCUGCCAAUGAGGACAAUAACUUGUACACUUUUGAUCUUAGAUAUAUGAAACAUGCCCUAAAAGUACAUUCUGAUCAUGUUUCUGCCGUAAUGUCCGUCGACUACUCUCCUACUGGAAAGGAGUUUGUAAGUGGUUCUUAUGAUAAGACUAUACGUAUUUUUGGUAGCCAAGAUAAACUCUCUAGAGAAGUCUAUCACACUAAGCGGAUGCAGAGAGUAUUUGCUGUUCAGUAUUCAGGAGAUUCUCGUUUCAUUAUUUCUGGUUCCGAUGACGGUAUUGUAAGGGUUUGGAAGAAUGAAGCGAGUACCCCAUUAAAGCCGUUGUUACGUAAUGAAAAAGAAAAGUUGAAUUAUGAGAAAAAAUUGAAGGAAAGAUAUGGCUUUAUACCCGAUGUCCGUAAGAUUGCUAGACAACGACAUGUACCCAAAUUGAUUUAUAAACUGAAGAAGCAGAAAGCUGAGAUGAAGAAGAGCAAAGAAAGAAAAGAAAGAAACCGUCGAUUGCAUUCCAAACCGGGUUCUUCUCCUGCUCAGUUGAGAGAAAAGGAACAAGUCAUCGUUGGCCAAUUAGAUUAAGUUCCUGUUUUUGGUUGUCCUUUUUAAGGAUUUGGAUGAACAAGUCAGUUGCAAGAGCGUUGGGCGGUUCCUUGCAAAGGUCACUUUUACGUCAUAAAAUAGACUCCAUAUGUAACUUUUGUACCUCUUCAACAGAUUCGCCUAGCUCAAGAGUCCAAGCGUUGGCU